AUAAUAAAAACCCUAGUAUCACCCACUCACACUUUUUCCCAUUUCCAUCUUUUUUUUAAAAAAAACAAAAAAACCAAAAAAAAGAAACACAUAUACAUCAAUAUAAACUUAUUAUCAUAUAUAUGUUGAAGAAAGUAAGAAACAAACAUGAGACUGAGAGGAGGUGUGACAGUCUUGUUAUUAUUAUUGUUCUUAGUGGUUUCAGGACCUAAAAUAUCAUCAUCAACAGGAAUAGGGGUGAAUUGGGGUACUGUAUCAAACCACAGGGGGUUGUCUCCUUCAACAGUUGUGGAUCUUUUGAAAGAUAACAAGAUUCAAAAAGUGAAACUAUUUGAUGCUGAUCCAGAGUGUUUAACAGCUCUCAUGGGUACUGGAAUUGAAGUAAUGGUUGGUGUCUCCAAUGACUUGUUGGCCACUUUGAGCUCUUCUACUGCUGCAUCCGAUUUGUGGGUUUCCCAGAAUGUCUCCAGAUAUAUGCUCACUCGCCCCGCUGCUAACAUCAAGUACAUAGCUGUUGGAAAUGAGCCUUUCCUUGCAAGCUAUGGUGGUCAAUUCCAGUCAUAUGUGAUGCCAGCCAUAACAAAUCUGAAACAGUCAUUGGCAAAGGCAAAUCUGGCUGGUAAUGUGAAGCUAGUUGUUCCUUGCAAUGCCGAUGCCUAUGAGUCGUCCCUUCCUUCUCAAGGAGCAUUCCGACCCGAGCUUUCUCAAAUCAUGACAGAUCUUGUUACAUUCCUUGAUUCCGAAGGCUCCCCCUUUAUUGUCAAUAUCUACCCGUUUCUAAGUCUGUACGGCAACUCUGACUUCCCACAAGAGUACGCAUUUUUUGAAGGGACAACCCAUCCUGUCACCGAUGGACCGAAUGUAUAUUAUAACGCAUUUGAUGGAAACUAUGACACUUUAGUUUCUGCGCUUAAUAAACUUGGUUUUGGGCAGAUGCCAAUAGUUGUAGGGGAGGUGGGUUGGCCUACAGAUGGAGCCAUCAGUGCAAAUGUCAAUGCUGCAAAACUUUUCAAUCAGGGACUUAUAAAUCAUGUUCUAAGCAACAAAGGAACACCUCUUAGACCUGGACAGCCCCCUAUGGAUAUCUAUCUUUUUGGCCUUCUUGAUGAAGGAGCAAAGAGUGUUCUUCCAGGAAGCUUUGAGAGACAUUGGGGGAUUUUCUCUUUCGACGGGCAGGCAAAAUAUCCACUGAACCUUGGAUUGGGUAUCGGGUUGUUGAGAAAUGCCAAGGAUGUUCUUUAUCUACCCUCCAGGUGGUGUGUUGCUGACCCUUCUAAAGAUCUUUCUGGUGCAGCAGACCAUUUUAAACUGGCUUGUAGCGUUGCAGACUGCACAAAUCUAAAUUAUGGCGGAUCAUGUAACGGUAUUGGUGAAAGGGGUAACAUUUCGUAUGCAUUCAAUAGUUACUACCAGGUACAGAAACAAAAUUCUCAGAGCUGUGAAUUUGAUGGGCUUGGGAUGGUCACUUUUUUAAAUCCAUCUAUGGGUCAAUGCAAAUUUCUUGUGGGGUUUGCUGAGCUGAUGGUCACUAAGCAUGUUUCACUAGGUGUGAGUUUGAACUUCGGAUCCAUCUCUGUUUGGAUACUACUGAUGUCUUGGGGGUUCUUUGGAAUUAUUAUUUGAAUUGGGUUAUGUGAUGUCGGAUUUUUAAGGGUUGCCGACACCUUGAACUCAUUAGUUAGAUAAUUUUAUUCUGCAUCAUCACAUUAAGCAUUUUAAUCUAUACUCAUUUAUCGAUUA